AUUAUUACGAGAGUGAAAUGUGAACAGUGAUUAUGUCAGUAAUGUUUUGUUUUAGUAAUAGUUAAUAGAUGUAAUGUGAUAUUUUUUUGAACAGGUAUAACAUUUUGGGACACCAAAAAUAAAAUAAAGACAUAUAAAUAUGAGAUAGAGGAAGUAUUUUAUUAUAACAAUGAUUUGGUUCAUGUUCUCAAAAAUUCCCGGCGUUGACCCCAAGCCAAGGCGGCUUUCCCUUCCCUCUUCUCAAAACCCGAUCAAUUGACCAAUUGUCUUCUCUUCUUCACAAAACUUGUUUUUCAGAGUUCCACCUUGUUACUCCUCACAAGUAAAACCAUGGCAGUUGCACCACCACAUCUCCGCCGCAUUCUCCGCCGUCUCUUCUCUUCUCACCCAUUAAACUCCGCCUCUUCUUUCUCUCUCCUCCUUAAACCUCUCUCUUCCACCUCCAAAUCCCCACUAUUUUCCCCUUUUAACAUCAACAGCACCCGGCAAUUCACUUCAUCCGAACCCGAAUCCGAACCCACUGGGAAAAACCCAUUUAGCAACAAACCCACCAUUCUCGGACCUAAAGAUCCCAGGAAUUUACAGCAAGUUUUCCAGAGGAUGAGGACAGAGGGGUUAAUCAGUAAUGCAGUCAAGAUGUUCGACGAAAUGUCUAACAAUGGUUUAACCCAUGAAACGUUGGAAAUGUUUAAGGAGAUUAAACAGAAAGGGAAAUUGCCUGAUGUGGUGGCCCACACUGCUGUUAUUGAGGCAUAUGCUAAUGCUGGACAAUGCAAGGAAGCUGAAAAGGUGUUUUUGAGGAUGUUACCAUCUGGGGUUCUUCCUAAUGUUUAUACUUAUAGUGUGUUGAUCAAGGCGCUUGCCACGGGCGGGAUGCUUGAUGAGGCUAAGGAGUAUGUGUUGGAGAUGUUGGGGAAGGGGAUGAGGCCAAAUGCCGGGGUUUGUGUGGCGGUUUUCGAGGCGUUUGUGAGGGAGGGGAAGGAGUUGGAGGGAAAACAGUUUUUGAAGCAGAUGAAAGGGUUGGGUUUUGUAGGGGAUGAGAAGGGUGUUAGGGAGUUUCUUAUGGGGAAGAAAGGGUAUCUUGUUAAGAAUGUGAUUAAUAUUCUUUGUGCUAAAUGAUUUUUAAGUUUUUUGAAUGAAGUUUGUCACAUUUUAUGGGGUAAAUCUUUGUUUCCUACAUUAUGUAUGGAAUUUGUUAUUGCUUAUCAAGCAUUUGCCAAUCAGAUGACAAGCAAUUACUUCCUCCGUUCUUUCAUUUGCAUCGU